AUGGAGCACAUCGCCCCAAUAGCACAUCCAGCUCCAGAGCUCGAUCUGGUGACGGAGCAGCAGAUGCGCAAACCUUCUGUCUCCGCUGAGAAGACACCACAAAUCAAGGAGCGCGUAUGGGGGUUCGCCGCUCGUGUCGACAGCACCGUGACGUACGAGGAAUACGUCUAUUGGGCCAAAAUCGAGCGUGAAAUGGAGAUUGAAGAGAACAAAGUGUUCCAGGCUGAGCAUGGUACUCCUCUACUCGACACAGUCAAGACUCCCUUUUCAAAGGAUGGCCGAAAGAAAGCAAAAGCACACAAAGUGGCCAGACUUCAGACCUUGGCGCAGCUUGAUGAAAAGCAGCCCGCUGGCGAUGUCACUGGUGUCGAUAAUGCUGGCUCUGCCGACUUUCCCCUGAAGGUAUCGGAUGCCGAAUGGCGUACUGCUGCGCGUGCACUCCGAACUGCCAGUUGGGGCCAGAUGUUCUUCCUCAUCACCACCGACAUUCUCGGUUGGUCAGGUGCACCGUUCGUCUUUGCCAGCGUGGGCUACGGCACUGGUGUAGCUCUCUAUCUCAUCUUCGGCAUUUUUGCUGCCUGGGGUGGUUGGGUUAUCUGGAAAACUUUCCUCGAUCUUGACUCGUCUCGGUACCCAAUGCAGAGCUUCGGGGAUCCAUUUCUGCGACUCUUCGGUGUGAAGCUACGCCAUUUCAUCAACAUUGCCCAAUCUCUUCAGCAAUUCUUCACCGUGUCCAUCUUGAUCUUCAGCAAGGCUCUGAACAUCGAGCAGAUCGCCCACUCGAGCGUUUGCUUUGUAGGUAUGAUGGUUGUCAUCAUGGCAGUCGGAAUGCUUGGAGGGUUCAUUCGAAGCUUGAGGAAGAUUGGAUGGAUCUCGAAUGCCGCUGUGUGGAUGAACAUUGUGAACUUUAUCAUCUGUAUGGUAGCUGCUGCACACUUCGCACCUUACUACCCAGCCAUCACCAGGUCUACACUGAUCCAGACCAUCGAGCCCAUCAAAGUCUUUGCAGGCAUUCCACCAGAUCAGUACCAACAGCAAGCUCCAGGUUUUGCGGCUACAUUCAACGCAGUCAACACUAUGGUCUACGCGUAUGCUGGUGCCCUCCUCUUCGUCGCUUUCCUUGCAGAGAUGAGGCAUCCGCUAGACUUUUGGAAAGGCAUGUUGCUCGCCCAAGCCUUCAUCACCAUCGUCUACAUGUUCUUCGGUGUCUUCGUCUACUCCUUCUACGGCCAAUACUCUGCCAACAAUAUCGUGAAUGUUGUCAAUCCAUAUGGUCUGCAGACUGCCGGUAACGUUCUCAGACUUCUCUCAGGUUGGAUUGCCAUCAUCAUGUACUUCAACAUCGGCAUGAAGACGGUAUACCUUGAGGUUUUCCAAGCCAUCUUCAAGUUCCCGUCGAUUGUCGAGAAGAAGGGCAGGAUGCUCUGGUACGUUUUGGGACCGUGCUACUGGAUUCUCGCAUUUAUCGUUGCGGGCGCGGUGCCCAACCUUAAUGGCAUUACCAGCUUGGUCGGUGCCGUCUUCAUGAUGAACUUCACCUACACCUUCCCAGGAAUGAUGUACAUGAGUACAAUCAUCCACAAGGCUGCCGAACUUCCAGGCGAAGGCUUCAAUCCGGCCACACGCGAGACAAUCAGGCACGAUCACGGCUUAAAGCGGUGGAUUCGAGGCUACAAGAAGACCUGGCUCAGAAGCACCAUUGCACUGAUCUACGUUCUCCUUGGGCUUGCAUGCUGUGGAAUGGGUACCUGGGCUGCUAUUGAAGGUUUGAUUGAUGUUUUUGGCCCUGGCGGAACCGUCGCCGUCAGCUUUGGAUGCCCUGUCCCUGUCUAG